GCUAAUUCUGCGUUUCCUGCUCAGCAUGGAGGCUCGCUUCACCAAAGGCAAGUCUGCGAUUCUGGAGCGGCCUCUGAGCCGACCCAAGACCGAGGUGAGCGUGAGCGCCUUCGCCCUGCUCUUCUCGGAGGUGGUGCAGUACUGCCAGGGCCGGGUGUACUCGGUGACCGAGCUGCAGGCCCGCCUGGCCGAGCUGGGGAGGAGGGUGGGAGCCAGCCUGCUGGAAGUGCUGGUCCUGAGGGAGAAGAACGGCAAGAGAGAGACCAAAGUGCUGAACAUCCUGCUCUUCAUCAAGGUGUCCGUGUGGAGAGCGUUGUUUGGAAAGGAGGCAGAUAAACUGGAGCAGGCCAACGACGACGACAGGACGUACUACAUCAUCGAGAAGGAGUCCCUGGUCAACACAUUCAUCUCCGUUCCCAAGGAAACCAGCAGCUUGAACUGUGCGGCCUUCACCGGAGGCAUCGUGGAGGCCAUCCUCACUCACAGCGGCUUCCCCGCCAAAGUCACGGUGCACUGGCACAAAGGCACCACGCUCAUGAUCAAGUUCGACGACGCCGUGAUCGCCAGAGACAAAACGCUGGAAGGCAGAUAGAUAA